AGUGAAACAUGUAUUUUUAUUUAUUGUGAAAGCAAUAUAUGUUGGAUGAGCAAUGUUCUUCUUACCUCAACUGGUAAAAAAUGUACCCGGAUAAAAAAUAACUUUAAGUUAAUGCUUUUUGUCCACAUGGGGGAAGUUUAAACCUAAUAAUGCCAAUAUGACAAACUGUAGGCAUACAGGUGGCUUCUGGCGACAGUAACUGUCCUUUGGAGUUGUUACUCUGCACAGAUCUUUUUCUUGUUUUUUCUUAAGAAAAUGCUGAUGCUAAAUGCUAAUUCAUUUGCAUUCAGGAUGGAAAUGACCUCUUAACCUCGUAUUGUUUUACCUUCUCAAAGGUUGAUUUGACCGAGUUUCCUUUCAUUUUAACUGUUAAAGUUAGCCUACUGCAAUAUGUGUAACAUCAAUCUUUCAGUGAUUCAAUUAAUACACAAGGUGUUUUAUUAUGUUUUGUUAUGUUUUUUAUAUUGUGUUCCAAUAUUUAUCCCCACAGAAAACUAAUGUGAUUAAUGAUUAGUAUUUCCUUUGAAAGUGCGUAUGCAGCGAUUGCCUCGUUUUAGUCUAUGUUAGAUAAGAACCCAAUGAGCAGUGCACUAAUACACUGCUAAUAGGAUUGUGACGAGGGAUUUAGUCCUCGUAGGCCGUGUUCACAUGUUCAGUGAGAGUCAGGUGUGGCUGAGGGACAGACAUGAAGGAUCCACAGCUCCAAGCCAUCAAAGCACGCAUAUGGCCGAAGCAGAAAGAGGGCAAAAAAUCAAAAAGCGAGGCCAUAGUGGAGGAGAAAAUAGGCUGGAGGCCGACGGCCUCCGCUCGCCCAAGUGCCGUCCCAAAGCUGACCGAAGCGGAGAGGAUGAGGCAGUCGCCGUUCGACAGCGUCGUCUACGACAUGGCCCACAGCGAGAGGAUCGUCAACGACCUGAUGCUCGGGCGAAGGGUCGGCUUCUACGAGCUGCGUGGAGAGAUCGGCCAGGGGAAUUUCUCCACGGUCAGGCUGGGCAUCCAUGCCUUGACCAAAGAGAGAGUCGCUAUCAAAAUCAUGGAUAAGCUGCGUCUGGACGAGAGGAUCCAGCCAAUGACCAACUCAGAGAUCAGCUGCAUGGAGAAGCUGUGCCACCCCAACGUGGUGCGUCUGUACGAGGUGAUGGAGACCAGCAGGAAGCUGUAUCUGGUGAUGGAGUACGGCAGCGGCGGAGACCUGUUCUCCCGGAUCACCAGCAGGGGGAAGCUUACCGACCUGGACGCCAGGCUGGUGUUUGCACAAGUCGUCUCUGCUGUGAAACACAUGCAUGACAACAACAUCGUCCACAGAGACCUCAAGGCGGAAAACAUCUUCUACACAACCAGCUACUGCAUCAAGGUCGGAGACUUCGGCUUCAGCGCCGAGAAAGGCCCGAACGAGCUCCUCACCAACUUCUGUGGCUCCCCGCCGUACGCCGCCCCCGAGCUGUUUCAGGACAAAGGUUACGCCGGCUGCUGCUCGGACACGUGGGCCUUGGGUGUUCUCCUGUACUUCAUGGUGACGGGCGCCAUGCCCUUUCGCGGGGACAAGCUCGGGAGGUUGAAGCGCUGCAUCCUGCAGGGGGCCUACGCCGUCCCAGCCUAUGUGCCCCCUCCGUGCCAGCUGGUGAUCAAGGGCAUGCUGCGGCCGUUGCCCGUCGACCGCCCGUCUCUCGCGCAGGUCGCGUCCGGCCCCUGGCUGGAGGGGAUCGAGUGCCCGCGCGCGUACGCCUCGCUGCCCCUGUCGCCGGCGCAUUUCGCCCAGGCCCACCGGGCGCUGUGUGCCGAGGAGCAGGAGGUGAAGACUUUGCUCAGGGACCUGGGUAUCACGGCGGGUCAUUUCCAAAACAACCCCUGCCUGAACGGUCGGAGCCCGUUGACGGGGACCUACCGGAUCCUUCUCCACCGGGUCCAGAAGAGGAGGACGGUGGAGGCGGCGGGUUACUCGGUGCUUCACCCCGAUGACUACGGGAGCUCUAAGAGGUGGACUGUAGAGGUGGACGACCCCUCGGCUGUCUGCGUCGUGCUGUGAGGAGAAAUAACGGGGAAACAGUUUUGCUUCGGUGGCUUUAUGGCAAACACAUGGGCCGGCGUCCUCACUGGCACUCCGUCGCUUAAUUGAGCCUCCCUUAAUUUGUGCGGCGUUAUGUUACAUGUUGAGCAAUGCUCAAGUUGCGCAAUGCUUGAGCGGAAUGGCAAACACAUGGAGGUUGAGAUCUGAGUCGGACGCUUCUUCCGUCCCACAUCGUAAGUCAAUUAUACUUUACGGACCAGGGCACCUUCCUUUAUUGGCUGUGACUUUAUGUUCCCAUCGUUACAUCACCAACAAAAGCUUAAUGAUACACGACGUUCAUCAAUCACCGCAUGCAGGUAAUCCUAGUGCGAUAGACAGAAAUGAAACCUGAGACUAUGGAAUAAUAUCUGGAGAAAAGGUUACUCUGGCCAAUAACAGAAUCAGGAACAGAGGUGCUUUUUUUGUUUUAAACAUGAACAAAUGCCUAAAACGCCUUACUUAAUAUUUACUUAAUAUGUUUUUUGAACACUGAGUAUUUUUCAUGGUUGUCACCAAAAGUCUGGAGCUCACAUACUUUUAAAAUAACAUAUAACAUUUCACAUCUGUAUUAAAAAGUGUGUUAAUGUUUGCCCAUGUUUUAAUGAAAUAAUAAAUGCUUGAGUUUUGCCUGAACUGUUA